UUCCACACUUUGUCAUACAGUGAUUUGUGCUGUGAGAUGAAGUAGAUCAGAGCGCUGGAGAAUCACAUGAAAUGAACCCUCUACUGAAUCAAUAUCAGGAGGCCGGAAGGAGUAACAUGUCAGAGGAGAAUCAGCCUGAUUCAGUGGAAACAGACAUAUUUAAGACAAUAUAUGAAAUAUUUUGCUUCCCCUUUGUUAGGCUGUGCAUUGUAUUCAUACUCUUGCAUAACCUUUGCAAGAGUAGGACUGAUAGGACUGUGCUUUUAUUGUGACAUUACAUGUUUUCCUUAGUGAUCUCACAGUUGAGUUUUGGAAACGUUACUCAGUUUAGACUGAUGAUGGUAGUUCCUCUUCUCUCUUUUAGUGGAUUUCUUCAUUAUUGAAUUCUGUGUUGGUCUCAGUAUCUCAACUGCAGAAGCUGUUGAGGAUCUGGACACUCAUGCUAGACUUUAUGAAUCUCUACACAUGAAGUCAAGGUGUUGCUGAACCAUUUUUGCUGAGAGGCUGAGAAUAUUAAACAAGGGAAGACUGACAGAAACAAAAUGUCUGAAAAGUGUGAUUUGUGUCUGCUGGGACUGAUCAUUCUCUCUUCACUUCUCACAGGUACCAGUGGAGUAAAUGAGACUGUGUUCAUCAGUUCUGGUGAAAAUGUCCGUCUGCCCUGUAAUAAUGCUCUUUCUCUUUCUGACUGCAACUCAACUACAUGGAUCUAUGGCACAUCCAGGCAUUCAGAGGCAGCUGAACUGAUUAAACUAGGGAUAAAGAAGAAAAACACAGGGAGUUAUGAGAGACUGAGCCUGGGGUCGGACUGCUCUCUGAACAUCAAGAACGUCACAAAAGAAGAUUAUGGAUUUUACAGCUGCCGACAAUUUGUGAAUGACAAACAACAAGGAACUGAUGCACGUGUUUUUCUGCAUGUUCUUCAUGUUUCAGUCUCUUCAUCUUCAUCUUCAUCUUCAUCAUCAUCCUCAUCAUCUUCAUCAUCAUUAUUCUCAUCGUCAUCAUCACAGACUGAGAUCAGUCCAGGCCGCUCUGUGACUCUCUCCUGUCAGUUGUAUUCAUAUACUGGAUUCUCCUGUGAUCAUUUGGUUCGUUUUGAGAAACUUCAGCUGUCAUGGGUGAAUCAGACAGGUGUUGAUCUGACGACGGACUCCAGAUAUCAGAUAUCAUCAGAUCACUGUAUCAUCAGUCUGACUACAACACUCCUGAAUGAAGAUGACAACAGAGAGUGGAGAUGUCAGCUUACUCACAGAAAUCAACUCCAGACCUCAGUCAGAUACACUGUCAAGUAUUCAGAAACUGUCAUCUCUGUGACUGCUAGAACAUUAUUCAGAGUGAUUGUGAUCAUUGUUGAGAUGGCAGUGUUUGCUGCUCCUACUGUGAUUCUUCUUCAGAUCAUCUGUGCAAGAAGAGCUGGGAGGAAGGACUCGGAGCACCCAGAGGAAAUAGAGAUGCCUACAAUAUUACAAUAAAAUACUACUGAGUUUGAGUGAAUCUGCAACAAUAUUUAAAAUAGCAAAGACUUAAAGAAAGUUGUUCAUUGUUUUAUUUUCUUCCCAGAAAACAUAGGAAAAGAAAUCACCCUGAAGAAACAGCAACACCAAGUUUAGUUUAAACUAUUUUGUACAAUUUAAUUGAUAUUUGCAUGCAGUGUUUAAGGUCAUUUUCUUAUGGUUGGUAUAUAAACUGCUUUAAAUGUUAUAUUAAAUACAGUAAUGGACAGAUUCAGACAGGCUGUUUUUAAAACCUCUCUCUGUUCUGUGUGAUGAAGCUACUUUGGUGAUUCUCGUAUCUUUUAUGUUCAUUCCUGUUUUUAGCUUUAUUUAUUUAUUUAUUUAUUUAUUUUGCAUGAUUGCUACUAACUUUCUUAGUAAAACCUCUGCAUACUGCCCUACUUAAAGUUUGAAUAUAAAGAUAUUUGCUCACAACUGUCGACACACUGUGGGCCUUAUUUUAAAAGAUUAGUUAGUAAUUAGUAAUUAAAAUUUCCUGAUAAUUUACUCACCCCCAUGUCAUCCAAGAUGUUCAUGUCUUUCUUUCUUCGGUCGAAAAGAAAUUAAGGUGAAAACA